AUGGCGAGAAACGACGGCGCGGCAGUGUCCCCGAAAAGGCUAUUUGGAGGCACGACUAUUGUUCUCCUCCUCGCACUUCUCAUUCCUGAUCCCACUGGGAUGGGGACCGGCGGCACACGCGGCGCCGGACACUACUUCGCCGCAGAAGCGAUUCCGUUCAUCGAACAGUCGCAACUCCCGCCUCUCAAGGAGCUGUCCAAGGUGUGGGAAAUCGACAUUGUCAACGGCGGGGACUGCGCGGACACGUAUAACACCCAGGUGGUGCGCGAGUGCGACACGGAGGGCUUCAUCGUUUCCAUCACGUACGCGCCAAUGCCCAUGGGUGCAAGUGCUGCUGCUGCUGCUGCUGCUGCUUGUGGUGGUGAUGCUGGUGGUGGUGCUGCCAGAUCCUUCAUUUAUCUAUCCAUCCUCCCUCUCCUCCUUCUCCAUCGGCCUUCUCCCUCCGCCCUCUCCCUCCGCCCUCUCCCUCCGCCCUCUCCCUCCGCCCUCUCCUUCCGCCCUCUCCUUCCGCCCUCUCCUUCCGCCCUCUCCUUCCGCCCUCUCCUUCCGCCCUCUCCUUCCGCCCUCUCCUUCCGCCCGCUCAUCCCGCCUCUCCGUCCUCCCUCUCCUUCCGCCCUCUCCCUCCGCCCGCUCAUCCCGCCUCUCCUUCCGCCCUCUCCUUCCGAUCCCCCUCUGCGCCACACCAGCCCAACGUCCCUGAUCACCCAACAGGGCUUCAGCACCAUUCCAGACGUCAUCACCAACCUCACACGACUCACCUCCCUAGACCUGGGGUUCAUCCCCGUUAGAGGCACCCUGCCUGCCAGCAUGGGCAACAUGACCAACCUGCAAAAGCUCACCAUCAUGCAGGUGGCAUCGGGCAGCAUCCCGGCCUCCUUUGGCAACAUGGCCAGCCUGCAAUCACUGAGCAUCAGCGUGAGUGACUAUGACACCACGGGUGACGCCCUCACUGGGCCCAUCCCCGAAUCUUUCUCCAACCUCAAGAACCUCACCUCGCUCGACCUCACCAACAGCAGCAUUGGUCCACUCUCCUUCCCAUGCCUGUCCCUCCAACGCCUCUCCCUUCCUCCCUCGCCUCUCCCUCCCACGUCUCACAGCGACCUCGCCAACAACAACAUUGGGCCGCUCACCGACAGCAUUGGCACCAUCCCUAACCUGGAGUACCUCGCCAACAACCACAUUGGGCCGCUCACUGACAGCAUUGGCACCAUUCCCAACCUGGAGUACCUCUCACAGGCAGCAAGCUCACAGGCAGCAAGCUCACAGGCAGCAAGCUCACAGGCAGCAAGCUCACAGGCAGCAAGCUCACAGGGCAGCAAGCUCACAGGCAGCAAGCUCACAGGCAGCAAGCUCACAGGCAUCAAGCUCACAGGCAGCAAGCUCACAGGCAGCAAGCUCACAGGCAGCAAGCUCACAGGCAGCAAGCUCACAGGCAGAAAGCUCACAGGCAGCAAGCUCACAGGCAGCAAGCUCACAGGCAGCAAGCUCACAGGCAGAAAGCUCACAGGCAGCAAGCUCACAGGCAGCAAGCUCACAGGCAGCAAGCUCACAGGCAGCAAGCUCACAGGCAGCAAGCUCACAGGCAGCAAGCUCACAGGCAGCAAUCUCACAGGCAGCAAGCUCACAGGCAGCAAGCUCACAGGCAGCAAGCUCACAGGCAGCAAGCUCACAGGCAGCAAGCUCGCAGGCAGCAAGCUCGCAGGCAGCAAGCUCGCAGGCAGCAAGCUCACAGGCAGCAAGCUCACAGGCAGCAAGCUCACAGGCAGCAAGCUCACAGGCAGCAAGCUCACAGGCAGCAAGCUCACAGGCAGCAAGAUCACAGUCAGCAAGCUCACAGGCAGCAAGCUCACAGGCAGCAAGCUCACAGUCAGCAAGCUCACAGGCAGCAAGCUCACAGGCAGCAAGCUCACAGGCAGCAAGCUCACAGGCAGCAAGCUCACAGGCAGCAAGAUCACAGUCAGCAAGCUCACAGGCAGCAAGCUCACAGGCAGCAAGCUCACAGUCAGCAAGCUCACAGGCAGCAAGCUCACAGGCAGCAAGCUCACAGGCAGCAAGCUCACAGGCAGCAAGCUCACAGGCAGCAAGCUCACAGUCAGCAAGCUCACAGUCAACAACUUCACAGUCAACAACUUCACAGGAAACACCAUUCCUGGGACGCCUCCAAAAUCCCUCGACCCUGUUCUCCCUGCAGCACUCUCAAGGGCAACAACUUCACAGGCAGCACCAUCCCCAGCACCAUCACCGCCCUUACAAACCUCGUUGAGCU